AUGUCCGACUCCUACAGAAAAGACUUUUCCGACAAAGCCGCCGAAAAGAUCAAGCCAGAGAGCGAAAAAACCACUUUCGAACAAGGUAAGGAGUUCGUCACCGACAAGGCCGACCAGGCCGCUGCGCAUUUGCAACCAGAGAGCGAAAAGGGCGCUUUCCAAGGCGUCUCUGACUCUGCCCACAAGGGUAAGGAAGAUGCCACCGGCAAGUCGGUCAGCGAGUCUGCUGGCGAGUACGUGGACGCUGCCAAGGCCAAGUUGAACGACGCUGCUGAAUACGUCAGCAAGUCGUUGCACGGCGGCGAAAACUAA